AUGGCGGAGAGCCCGGGGCGGCCCGGCGCCCCGCCGCCGGAGGGGAGCGACGUCCCGCAGGAAGGAGGCGAUGAGGAAGCGGUGGCGGCGGAGGAGCCGCAGCCCGGGGUGCCUCCCGAGGGGGCUGCGGAGCCCCCGGAUGCUCCCCCCCCCGGCGAGGCGCCGCAGCUGAGCGAGGAGGCGGUGGCUGGGCAGGAGCCGGCCGCGGCGGCGGUGCCCCGCGGGGACAGCGGCGGGACGGGGAGCGUCUUCCCCCGAGGGGCGGCGGAGACCUCAGGCGGGCCGGGCGCGGGGCAGCAGGCUCCGGCGAGGGCUGAGCAGCGAGACCCCGCCGGGGGUGCCCCGUCGGGCGAGGGUCUGCCGGGAGGGGAGCCGACGGCGGCGGUCGCAGGGGUAGACGCUCCCGAGGGCUCCGCGCCGGCGAGGGCAGACCCCGAGGAGGCGGCGGUGGCCCCGACGGGGACGGACCCCGAGGAGGCAGCGCCGGCGGGUACAGACCCCGAGGACGCGGCCAUGGCCCCGUCGGGGACGGAGCCCGAAGAGGUGGAGGCGGCCCCGUCGGGGACAGACCCCGAGGAGGCGGUGAGGGAGGCAGCCCCGUCGGGUACAGACCCCGAGGACGCGGCCAUGGCCCCGUCGGGGACGGAGCCCGAAGAGGUGGAGGCGGCCCCGUCGGGGACAGACCCCGAGGAGGCGGUGAGGGAGGCAGCCCCGUCGGGGACAGACCCCGAGGAAAUGGUGGCGACAGCCCCGUCGGGGACGGAGCCCGAGGAGGCGAAGGCGACAGCCCCGUCGGGGACAGACCCCGAGGAAAUGGUGGCGACAGCCCCGUCGGGGACAGAGCCCGAGAAGGCGGUGAGUGAGGAAGCCCCGUCGGGGACAGACCUCGAAGAGGCGAAGGCGACAGCCCCGUCGGGUACAGGCCCCGAGGAAAUGGUGGCGACAGCCUCGUCGGGGACAGAGCCCGAGAAGGCGGUGAGUGAGGAAGCCCCGUCGGGGACAGACCUCGAAGAGGUGGAGGCGCCAGCCCAGUCGGGGGCAGACCCCGAAGAGGCGCUAAGGCAGGCAGUCCCGGAGGGGACAGACCCCGAGGAGGCUGCGGUGACAGCUCCGGCGGGGACGGACCCCGAGGUUGUGGUGCGGGAGGCAGCCCCGGCAGGGACAGUCCCCGAGGAGACGGCGGCCCCGGCGGGGACCGAGGUGGCUCCCGAGAGCCGCGGGGAAGCGGAGGCGGCGAUGCCGGCCGGCAGGGAGGCCGACGGUGGACGCCGGUCGCCGGGCGGCCCCGACGGCGAGGACGGAGCGGAGACGCCGGGGGCGGAGCGGGGAGCCGGUGCCCCGGCGGUGACAGGAAAGGGGAGCGUGGCCUCGGGCGCAAGGGAAGGCAGCGCUGUGGCGGCGGGGCAGCGCGGAGGGUCCCCGGGUCCCGAGGGCAGCGACUGGGACGCGGCAGGUCGGAGCCUGAACGGCGUGCAGGGCCGGGAGGAGGACGAGACGGGCUCGCCGGCCGCCCUGGAGGAAGAAGAGGAGGAUGAGGAGAAGCAGGAAUAUGACAUUUCCCUCUUCGUCAAGGAGCUCUGGGCAGCUCCUGUGAUGAGUGGCACUUAUAUCUGGCAGGCAAAAGUCCAGCCUGGCUAA